AUGAAUGUCUGUUCAGUCCAUCAAUCUGUGGUCCAUACUCCAACUGCACAAAUGAAAUAGGAAGCCACAAUUGCUCAUGUUUGUCUGGAUUCACUGCAGCAAACUCAAAUCUCACCAUCAGCAACAACAACACAUGCAGAGAUGUGGAUGAAUGUGUUGAGAUGUCAAAUGUUUGUGGUCCAAACUCAAUCUGCAACAACACUAUUGGCAGUUACAAUUGCUCAUGCAUGAGUGGAUAUAAUGUAACUGAUCCAAACCUUCCUAUAAACAGCAAUAACACAUGCACAGAUAUAAAUGAAUGUUUGUUCAGUGCAUCAAUCUGUGGUCCAAAUUCCAACUGCCAAAAUGAAAUAGGAAGUUACAAUUGCUCAUGUGUGGGUGGAUUCACUAAAACAAACUCAAAUCUCACCAUAAGUAUCAAUAACACAUGUGGAGACAUAAAUGAAUGUCUGAUCAUUCCAUCAAUCUGUGGUCCAAAUUCCAACUGCACUAAUGAAAUAGGAAGUUACAAUUGCUCAUGUUUGUCUGGAUUCACUGCAACAAACUCAAAUCUCACCAUCAGCAUCAACAACACAUGCAGAGAUAUAGAGGAAUGUGUAGAGAUGUCAGAAAUCUGUGGUCCAAACUCAAUCUGCAACAACACUAUUGGGAGUUACAAUUGCUCAUGCAUGAGUGGAUAUAAUGUAACUGAUCCAAACCUCCCUAUAAACAGCAAUAACACAUGCACAGGUAUGAUUGACUGA